AUGGCAUCGAAGAAGGACCAGCGCCGGCCUGACCUGGUGAUCCCCUACCAGGAGCCAUUGUCCAAAGGCGACAACCCAGAGCUGUCGUCUACCCUCUCCCAGACCCUGCCGAUGGCCGCGAUAUUCAUGCGCAACCGCUACAUUGGAUGGGCAGCUGUGGUUUUUAGCGUUCAGAAUUGGCUGGGAGAGAGCGAAGACAGUCAGAAGAGCUCCAGCACACCUGGGUACUUCUCCGUUGGCAUGUCGCUCAUGUCGCUGGUCGUCACAUACCUGCCUAUGUUCCUACCUCCACCGCCCGGUUCGCAACGAGCUGCGACAGGCACCGAAGCUGCGGCGCCGGUGCCUCCUUCAUAG